CGUCAUUCUUGUUCGAGUCUCUUCGCCGAUCGCGGCCACGCCGGCGCGCCGUAUUUCUCGGGAUUCCAAUUUGAACAGAAAUUUCCUCGUAAAUUGCACUAAAAAUUUUGUUACGGACGCUCAACUCAUAUUUGCCAUACCCUCGGCGAACGACAGGGAGCAGGGGUGGAUCGUGCGCGCGCGUUUUUUCCAAAGAUUUGGGCUCUUUUAGGGAUUCCCUGGUAUCACCGAACAACGCCGAUUUCUUCCUCUCCUCUCCUUUGUAUUCGCGAACCAACUGUCCCCACCCUCUGUGUUAACCGGCUGCUCCCACCGCAGGGCGACUUCCACGCAGCGCGUAUACCGAUCUCGCGGCACCCACGGAGGGAAGUUGAAAAGAGGACGAAAGAUCAGUGCGACACCGCGCUCGUCCGAGAGGCGAGCCCUUGUAUUAUCGCGUAUUAUAGCACCCGGCGUAAUCGCGCAACGUAGACGCGCCGCGAUACAAUUUCCACACUCGUGUGAACACAUACACGUGCGUGAUCAACUCGCACGCGGAAAUACGCCGAUAGCGCCGGACCGUCGUCCCCCGAUUGGUUAGCGGGCUUGACGACGAAUUUUCAAGCGGAUCCACGAUAUUUCUGCCAGCUCAUCUCGACGCCGGACGCCGCGGACGGAGCGGAAGGAAUCGUAUAUACAUAAGCAUAUACAGCUAUACACGCAUAUUUAUAUACGUCUGUUUACAUACUCGGAGCUAGAUCUUCUGAGACCGGAAUCGACUCGGCGCGCGCCUAUUCAAAUUCAAAAAUGUCACACAACACGAAAGGCCUUGGUAUACCGGUGCACGGCGGCAGAAUUCAGAGAACGCCAAUGCGUCCGAUGAUAGCGGAAUACGAGCCGAAGAAGCAGGGUGUGAAAACAGAACUCUCAGACGUGGUGCUUGUCAAAUACAAGUGCGAGAAAAAUGACGUGCCCAUUACGGUCACGAACGGCUCGACCUUGCCGCUCGUGGAACGACCGACCGACGAGGAGGCCGCCCUUUACGACCCGUUCGAGCACCGCAAGCUCGCCCAUCCCACCUCGGACCUCGACACGCUCAUACAUUUGCUCAAGGGGAGUCUGGGUACGGGCAUACUCGCGAUGCCGAUGGCCUUCCGCAACGCCGGUCUCGCCUUCGGCCUCUUCGCCACUUUCUUCAUCGGCGCAGUCUGCACCUACUGCGUCCACAUCUUGGUCAAGUCCGCCCAUCUCCUCUGCAGGCGGUUGCAGACACCUAGUCUGGGUUUCGCUGAUGUGGCCGAGGCGGCCUUCCUGGUGGGGCCCGAACCCGUUCAGAAAUACGCCAGACUCGCCAAGGCGACAAUUAAUUCGUUCUUGGUGAUCGAUUUGAUCGGUUGCUGCUGCGUGUACAUUGUUUUCAUCUCGACUAAUCUUAAGGAGGUCGUGGACUAUUACACGCAAACGGACAAGGAUCUGCGAAUGUACAUGGCCGCGUUGCUGCCACUGCUCAUCAUCUUUUCCCUUGUGAGGAAUCUCAAAUUUCUCGCGCCAUUCUCGAUGGUGGCGAACGUGUUGAUCGCCACCGGCAUGGCUAUCACUUUCUAUUAUAUUUUCAACGACCUGCCCACCAUCAGCGACGUACCGAAUUUCUCCAGCUGGUCACAACUACCCCUUUUUUUCGGUACCGCCAUCUUUGCUCUCGAGGGUAUUGGUGUUGUAAUGCCGUUGGAAAACAACAUGAAAACACCGUCGCAUUUUAUCGGUUGCCCGGGUGUCCUCAACACUGGCAUGUUCUGCGUCGUUUUGCUGUACAGUACCGUUGGUUUCUUCGGCUACUGGAGGUACGGCGAGAACACGAAGGCUUCUAUCACGCUCAAUCCUCCGCAAGAUCAGGUGCUGGCACAAUCCGCCAAGAUAAUGAUUGCUAUCGCGAUCUUUCUCACCUACGGACUUCAGUUCUACGUGCCCAUGGAGAUUAUUUGGAAGAACCUCAAGCAGUAUUUCGGCUCCCGUCGACUACUCGGCGAGUAUCUCUUGCGUAUCCUAUUGGUGAUCUUCACCGUCUGCAUAGCCAUCGCGAUCCCGAAUUUGGGUCCAUUCAUCUCCCUCGUCGGGGCUGUGUGCCUGUCCACACUGGGUCUCAUGUUCCCGUCGGCAAUCGAGCUAGUGACUGUCUGGGAACAGGAGAACGGCCUCGGCAAAUGGAACUGGCGACUGUGGAAGAAUAUCGCUAUCAUCGCCUUCGGUGUGUUGGGCUUCCUCACUGGCACGUAUGUCAGUAUCCAAGAAAUCCUGGAAGCCCAUUGAGGCGCCAGGUUCGGCGCGAGGAGCGGCCGUCGAAGCGGCCGCUCGUGAGUAUCGCUCGCCAUCCGACGCUUAUCGGACGGCGAGUACCACGUAUGACAGCGUGGACGUCUUUCGCGCAGAUGACGCGACGCUGUCAGCAGCAGACAGGCCACCGGGUCCGGGACGAGGUUUCCCCGGAAUCCCUAUUCCCGCGUCCUUCCUGUCGGUAGCACAACUGUGACAAUAAUGACGAUGACGACGACGAUGACAACGAAUGACGAUAAUAACGAAGACAUCCGCAGAGUCUUCGCGUGAUCGAACUUUCAUUUAACAUUUUUCUUAACAGUAGUCAAAUUAGUAUUACGCGCGUCGUGCACGAGGUUGACGAGGCGCGAAGUGUACGGUCGAUCGGGAAAUUCUAGAAAUGAAUGACUUUAUAUCGCACGCUAAUCAAUAACUUUUCAUUAUUUUCCCGCAAAAAUCACGUAAGAUUAUUUAUUUAGCAAGAUUAACCAUUAUAUUAAAUUAACGCAAAAGUUACUACGUUCAUUAAGUGAGAUUGAAAAUAAACGUUUUUUAGUAUUUGAGACAAAAGUAAUUUUGUCAAUUAAGUAAGAUAAUCAUAUAUUUGCUUUACAGUAUACUUUUCUAAUUCGGAAAUAUAUUUUCCAAGAAACCUUGUUUUUGUUUUUUUUUUAAAAGCAGAAUUUUAUUUAAAACAGAAUUUAUGAAAAGAAGAUGACAAGUCUUUAGCGCUAAUUUGAUGUUUCAAUGAUAGGAGCAGGAUCUUUGCAGUCUUUGACAAACUUUUUUUUUAGGUUUCAUCUUAUAUGUAUAUAGCGGAAUAAGUCGGAAUAUUUAUUGCGACACUGGUCUCUAGACGUUCCAAUCUGAGCACUAACGUCGAACGGAUAGUGCUUACAUUAUUCUUUUGCUCCGUUUUUUCUGAUUAUUAUUAUUUUUUUUAAUUAUUUAAUCGCGCCGCAUCGGCCGUACGCGCAUAGUUUUUUUGCGGAGUUUACAACUGCAGGACGGUUUUCUAGAAUAGCGUAUGCGAUUUCCUGUGAUCGUACGCAUAUCUUGCAUACUUUAUAUAUGUAUAUUGUGUAUAUAAAAUACACAAACCGUCGUGUUUUGUGAAUGACGAAUGGGAACCGUACGCCUCUCAGUUAUUACGUGCUUAUUCGCUCGAUCGGAUUAUCGCUGUAAGUCGGUGGUUUCAAUAUGGUUACGCGGACCGCACAACAGACACAAGUUUUUGUCACCUAUAAGGCUUCGUCCGUGAAUAAGGAAUUCCUCGGUAGGACAAUAUUUAUUAAACUACAAGGUCUUACAUAAAAAUUAUGUAAUGUACAAUUAAGGUAAUGUUCUAUUUACAAAAAUAGAAAUAUUGAUUUUUCCUAAAAUAUUGAUAACUGUUUGCUCAAUCAAUUUCGAAAUCGUAUUUCAUCAGUCACAAUCUUUAGUCAUGAAAGGACUAGAGAGAAAGAUUUUGUCAAGAUCAUAAUAGCAAAUUGUGUUAAUGAUUUAUUUGCAAUUAAGUUUGGAAGGAAUUGUUUGAUAAUUGAGAAAAAUUUCGGCUGUAUUAAACAUUUAAAAACAUUAUUAAUCCAUGCUUACGAAAGUGCACUUAAUAUAUACAUAUAUAAUAAAGUAUUACAUAUACCCUGAGUUUGCACUUCAAAUUUGUUUAAUUUUUAACAAAUAUUAUUCAUAAAUUGUAAAGCUGCUGCGUAUUAUAGAGCAAUUAUUGCAAAAUUUUUAUCAAUUUAAGAUGCCAUUAUUGUGACAAUAUUUGCACAAUGUUUGCCUAUCGAGGAAGUUGCGUUUAUGCAAUAAAGAUUUUUAUUUGAUUAAUGUACGUGUGUAUGUGUGUUUGUGUGUGUGGUUACAUGCUUCCCGCAUAUAACCGAUGCGCUGAGUCAGCGCAAAAUCGUCUCCCUGUUCUUUGAAAUUUUACAAAGUUGAUUAUGCAUCUUGAUCCGUCAUAUGAGUCUACUUGCGGUCCGCACAAACUCGUGUCCGAGACCUCUGUUAUAAGAAAACGAUCUGUAAGAUACUGUAUAUCGGAUGAACGCCGAUUGAGCAUCUGGUCGGUUCUGUUUAAAAUAUCGGUAUAUUUUUAAUUUUAGCAGGAUUCAGUCAGAUGCAAAACAUUAUUUGUAGAAGAUAAAAAAAUUUAUAUUUAUCAUCUAUAUAGCUUUGAGUGUUCAAUUUGUCUUUUAGUAUGUCAUCAUUGAAUUUGCCAAGAAGAGUUACGUAAAUUUAAAAAAAAAAGAGAAAAAAUAUUUAACUUUAAAGUCAAUUUUCUUCCAAAUGAGAUUUUUUACAAAAAUUUUUAUUUUAUAUAUUUGAUUUAUUUAUUGAAAAAUUAUUAUCUUCUUUAUCAGGGUGUUUAUUAAUGGUUGUCCCCUUGUUUUACCAUAGGAAUACGCAUUUGUUAUUUCUAAUAUAAUAUGUUAGAAAUACAUAUCCGUCGGUAAAUUAAGCUCCUAUGGUAAAAAGUGGGUCAAACCAUUAAUGAACACCAUGUAUAUAUAUAUGUAUGUGGAUACAUGUAAUUAAUGUCUAAAACAAUAGAUUCACUUGGUAAUAUUAGUUAUUGGUAUUUGUAUACUAACUUCUGAAAUUAUGACGGAAAAAUCGAUUCCUUUAGACCAUGAUGAGCAAUCGGCGUGAUUUCGCCGCAAACCACUGGUCUGUUCCUAGUGCAUGAUGCACGAUGAUGUACAAAGAAGAUUAAUCCAUUAAAAGUAAUAGGCAGAAAAGUGCGUAGGUGUAGUAAUGUCGUGAUGCACGCUUGCUAGUCUGUAAGUAAGAUCGCGAGGCACCGUCGCGCGCUAUUUCGUCAGCAUGCGCGAUAACGAUGCUUGAAUUGGUUAUAAUAGUGUCGAAAAUGUCCGGGGAGCGACCCGGCACGAUUAAUCGUUAGCACAUUAACUGAAGGGGAAGUAGAGCCGGAAGUAGAAGAAUAUUCAGGUGUUCAUCGAUCUCAUCUAUCGGCAGGAAGUGGUAUAAUAAAAUUUAUCAGAAUCUUGUGUCACAAACAAAAGGCAAUUAGAAAAUCGAAAUUUUAUCAGCGGAAACAAAGCUGGAAGAUACAGCGUAAAAAUGUAUUUUUAACGUUUUUUUUUAAUUAACUUGUGCGUUUUACACAUUCGAUGAUUAGCAAUAACCUUGAUAUAUCUUUAGCGAACAUACAUUUUUGUAAGAUAUGCAAACGACAAGACUGCAAAUAAUGUUUUUAGAAAAAGAUUUACGUAUAUCACUUUUCAUAUUGGCCUACUUCAAAGUCAAUCAUUUUUUUAAAAGCAGUAUUAAAGUUAGAUUAAAACUGUAUAUUUAGAUCUGAGCGGCAUCGUCACUAUCUUCAACUCUUUAUAGUGACUUUAGCAUAAUGUAUAUACAAUAUUUUUUUCAUAUGAACUUUCAAAAAAGGAAAAUAUUCAAAACUGUUGAAUAAAUAAAUUCUAUAAAUGUUUCCGUAAUUCAGAAAAUAAAGAUUUAACGUGAUAAAUAAUUUUUAAGUGUGAUAGAAAAUUAUUCGAAGUAAAUGAGGAAACUGUUUAAUAGCUGGAUAAAUAAAAACUUCAGUUAAAACAUAUAGUGAAAAGGAUUUUAAUUAAAUGAAAGUUUAAUAUAAAUUUGAAAUCUGAUUUAUAUUUGAAAUUAUUUUAAUUUUGGACAACACACUUUAAAUCAAUUGGAGUUAAUGAAUUUACGAUUUGUGGCUAAAAUACAAAAGCUAUUUUUAAAAAUUAUGAAUAUAUUGGAUGAACUGAAAUGUUAAGUGAUUGGUAUUUCUCUUUUAAUUGUAACAAUAAUAAUUAAAAAUAAUUUUCUCUAUAAAGAGUACAUGGAGACGAUAGUCAAGAUAUCCUCUUCGAAACCCGAUCUACGUCCUCUAAUCGAGUUUUAUUUUCUAAAAAAGAAACAUGUUUUAUAAUAGUAUACAUAUUAGACGAAUCCUAUUAAACACACGUAAUUCAUAUUAUUUUUUGAUAAAUGCGUCAUCGUUUUUCAGAGUAGAAGGAACCGUAUUUUCACGACCGUGAAAGAAAGAGAAUAAAGUAGAACAUCAAUUUUAUUAAACUUUGGAUUACAUUAGAUCCUUUACAGUAUACAAUGGAAUAACAAGCCCAAGAUGAAAUUAAGAAGACAAUAAAAAGCUCCGUAUUGUAGAAAAAUAAAGAAAGAGAAUAAUAUGAGUAAUGUGCAGAGAGAAAGAGAGAAUGAAAGAAUGAAAAAGAAAUACCAGAUUUGGGCCAUGGGUCCUAUUUCCGGGUUCCUAUCAGUAGAAUGAAAAUGGGCGCGCAAUACGUAAGCCGUAUCAUUUUUGAUAGGGUCGUAUUAUUUUCGUAAUGAUGCGCUCAUUUUGAUAUUUUUUAGGAUUUUAUAUGAGAACGUAGAAACGGAAUGUAAUUUUGUAAAGGCAAAAAUUAGCGCACGGCGAUUAUUGUCAGUUUUAUUUUAUUUUAUUUUAUUUUUUUUUUUGUUUUUAGAAGAAAGAGGAAUAGUAUGUUAGAAACAGUAUAUGCUUAUAUUUGUUAUUAUACUUAUUGUAUAUACAUAUUUACAGACUUUUUUCUCAAUUAACAAUGUAAAUUUAUAAUGUGUAGAAUUGUUUGUUAAAUAAAUCGACAAAGUAGAUUUCUACCGAAAUAAUAUUUCUUUUGUUUUUCGUUUGCACGAAACCCAAUAUUUUUACAUUUCAUUUAUAUUCAUUUACACUUACAUUUUAGAUCUGCGAUCACGUGCUAUACGCACGCAAUAAUCACCGUGCAUUCUUUUGUAUGCACAAGCGUCUUGUGCAUAUUGUUAAUUUAUCUAUCAUUGUAUUAGAUUUUACAAUAUUUAAUGUACGUAUGUAUAAAACGAUGUUUUAUACAAUGACUAUGUCUUUUUUAAAUUGUUCAAAAAAUUGAAUAAUAAAGAAUUAAAAUUUA